AGAAACCAAGGUCAAGUCAUAAUCCAAAAAAAAAUCACAAAUAUACGUUAAAUCGCAAGAAAUGCAUUCGAUGCAUAUUUAAAAAACAUAUUGGGGAGUCCCCUCUUUCACAUCUACCCACACUCGCCCUUUCACGGCUCGUGUUCGCAACUACUUCCAGAAAAUCCUGAGUCCAAUAUUUAAAAAAAAAAACAAAAAAAAAAACAAAAACAUGCCCUUCACCGAUAAGGGUUCGAUCUGUUUUAAUCACUCGAGUUUGUCCUUGUAUUUAAAAAUAACUCGCCCUGAAAUGAAUUUUCAGAAAAUAUACCGAUCUGCUUUGCUGAAAAUGAUAAUCACAGUCUGGCUCUAAUUAUUAGAAGUUUCAGACAUUCGAUUUUAACGAAUACGAGUCCACAUUUAGUUAUUUGUGAGGAAUAAAGCUGCAAAAGCAUAAAUGGAUACGCACAAGGAAAAAGAUGGAAUGUCUGAUUUUGCUAAAUCUAGUUUAGCGGAGACGGACAAGUCCGACCGCGAUUUUACGACUAAAACAUGGAGAGAAGAUUUUUGUUUCAUUGUGGAGGACAAAAGACUUUAUGUCGCAAAAGUCAUUCUAGCUCUUGUAUCGCCGGUUUUUGAAAGGAUGUUCCAGUCAGAGUUCAAAGAAAAGGGAGAAGCCGAAAUGACAUUACCUGGAAAGAAAUUCGAAGAUAUUCAAGAAUUCCUGCGAUGCAUUUAUCCAGGUGUAAUGAAAGAUGUCACCAUUAACAAUGCCCAUAAAAUCGUUGCGUUAGCGGAAGAAUAUCAAGUGGUUGCUUUAAAAUCAAAAUGUGAGGCAUGCUUACUGAACGGAAUUGAUAAUAAAACCUCAGCCGUUAGUGUGUGCAAAUUACUUAACCUGGCUUGUCUUUAUUCGCUUGAAGAUCUAUUUCACAAAUGCACCGCUAUGGCAGCAGAAAUGCCUCCAGCUACUCUUGACGAAGCUGCAGGUGAAACUCCAAUUCCAUUAAAAGCGAAAAAUGUCAUCCUACAAAAAUUAAUCAGCAAAAUGGAGAAGAAGAACACGGAAACAAACCUGACAGUUGACAAGCUGAAAGCGGAGUUGCAAAGAGUGAUGACGUUGAAUAACUACCACCGCGCUUACACCCCGGAGGAGGAACGGUUGAGUUUUGAUGAUUAUGAAGGCUGGAGUGGGACAAGCCUUUUCCUACAAAUAGAUACUAAAAUGACGGUAAAUUCAUUUACGGCAGAAGUAUGCAGAACACAAAUAAAGUUAGAGUUUAAAUUCCAAAGCCGCGGAUAUUUUAUUCUCACACUCGCCACCUCUAAAUGUUCCUACAUCAAUCUCAGGGGAAGCGUUGUAAUAGCCAAUGGGAUGAAAGGGAAAAGGGACUUUUGCAAAACAAUGCAUUUUAACAUGUCUGAACGGCCGUUCAUUUUUGAAAUCAUUAGAAAUGAUAUUUUACUAGAUGAUAUAGAAGGAUACACCCACCACGGCAAAAUAGAUGUUGAAGUUCAUGUUUUAGGGAAGUGAUUAUUGAACUUCUUUAAAGAUAACUUGUUCGAAUGGAUAUAAUCUUCGUUUUAGAAUCUAAAUAUGCAAACUGUCAUGUAAAAUGAACAAGUGAUCCGCUUAAACCAAAGGAAUAGGCCGGCCUGUAGUUCUUAUUAUAUAAAGCAUCUCAGUUAUAAAAGUCGGCGCGGAAUUUGAAAUACACUUAAACUAAGCAAAUUCAAUGAAUUGAUUUCACCAGCAACCGGGAUUGAAAAAGCAUUUUCUACCUGCAGAAACACUAAUAUUUUCAAAACAGAUGUCACAUUGAUCUCAAUGUCUCAUUCUUUACUUAAAGUAUUUAGCUAAAUCUAUGGAACGCCAAACACGACUUUGAUUGUUUAUUGCCAUUCACUGUGGUAAGUGCUAACUUGUCAUUUGGUAGUGCUUACUUUUCAUUCUGAUGUUAUCACUUUACAUCAAUCGGUGGUUGUUAAGUUUCCCUUUUUUCAGUGGUUACAUUUCAUGAUUUGGCAGUGCUAACUUGUCAUUUUGAUGUUUAAUAACUACUACCGCUUGAUCAGUAACCACUGCCGAAUAACAAAUUAGCCGAGCUGAAUAUCAAGUUGGUCAGAAUGUUAAUUUUGAUGAUCUAUAGGUCAAGUUCAAAUCUGGGUCAGGUGGGGUCAAAAACUAGGUCACUAGGUCAAAUCAAAGGAAAAGCUUGUUUACACUCUAGAGGCCACAUUUAUGACUGUAUCUUCAUGAAACUUAGUUAGAAUGUUAAUCUUGAUGAUCUUUAGGUCAAGUACAAAUCACUAUUAUAUCAUGAAUUUUCCAUACAUAUUUAUGUUGCAUCGGAUGCAUGAAAAUUGAUUUGAAUAGCUUGAAGUAGAUAUUGGUGAUAAUUUUGCCAGCCAGCCACUUAGCAAUAGCUCAGAUCUAUGGAUAGUGAGUUUGAUCCACGAGUAAGGCUUAUCUUCUCCUUGACAAUUUGAUCUAAAAAUAUUUAUUAGACUGAAAAAUUAGACUUUUUAUUGAAUAUAUUACAAAGAUGAGCUCAGUAAUGAAAAAAGUACUUGUAAUAAGCCAUUUCUUUCAAAUUUCAGUUUUUAGCUCGACUAUUCAAAGAAUAAGUAGAGCUAUCCUACUCACCACGGCGUCGGUGUCUGCGUUAGCGUCAGCGUCACACCUUGGUUAAGUUUUUCGUACCAGUCCACAUUUUGACAAAACCUUUUGAGAUAAAGCUUUGAAACUUUCAACACUUGUGUACCAUCACCAUGUCCAGUUUUAGGCAAGAGUACGUAACUCCAUCAAGGAUUUUGGCUGAAUUAUGACCCCUUUUAACUUAGAAAUCUUGGUUAAGUUUUUCGUACCAGUUCACAUUUUGUGUAAAGUGUUUGACAUAUGGCUUUGAAACUUUUAUUACUUGUUUAUUAUAACAGUCUCUAUCUGUAGGCAAGAUUACGUAACUCUGUCAACUAUUUUGGCUGAAUUAUGGCCCUUUUUGGACUUGGAAAUGGUACAAUUUUUGUACAAGUCCAUGUUUUGUCAAAACUAUUUGACAUGUGGUUUUGAAACUUUGAACAAAUGUUUAUCAUCAUGAUUUCCAUCUGAAUGUAAGAGUACAUAACUCUGUCAAGUAUUUUGGCUGAAUUAUGGCCCUUUUUGGACAUGGAAAUUGGUUCAGUUUUCUUAUAAGUCAAGGUUUUGUCAAAACUAUUUGAAAUGUGGCUUUGAAACUUUGAACACUUGUUAUUCAUCAUGAUUUCCAUCUGUGAGCAAGAGUACAUAAAUGUGUCAACGAUUUUGGCUGAAUUAUGGCUCUUUUUGGACUUGGAAAUCAGUUAUGUUUUUCAUACCAGUCCAUAUUUUGCCUAAUCUGUUUGUCAUAUGACUUUGAAACUUUGAAACUUUGACCACUUGUUUACCAUCAUAGUCUACAUAUGCAGGCAAGACUACAUAACUAGGACAAGGACUUUAGCUUAGUUAUGGCUUUUUUGACAUAGAAAUUACUUUGAACACUUGCUUACCAUCAUGGUCACACAUUGCCAUAUAGUGCAAGACCUAUCUAAAUCCACAAAUGCAGGUACAUUCUUUGUCUUAUCUAUUUUAGCUCACCUGAGCCAAAGGCUCAUGGUGAGCUUUUGUGACCGCUCAAUGUCCGUCGUGCGUCGUGCAACGUGCGUCAUGCGUCGUGUGUCCGUCAACAAUUCCUAAAUAAAUAUUCUUCUUGAAAACCACUGGGCAGAAUUACACCAAACUUCACAGGAAUGAUCCUUGGGUGGCUACCUUUCAAAACUGUUCAAAGAAUUGAAUUCCAAGCAGAACCCAUGGCAAUCGAAAGAAAAAACUUAAAAAAUCUUCUUGUCCAAAACCACAGGGCCUAGGGUUGUGUUAUUUAGUAUGUAGCAUCAUAUAGUGGUUCUCUACCAAGAUUAUUCAAAUUAUUCCCCUAGGAUCAAAUAUGGCCCCGCCCCGGGGUCACAUGGUUUAUAUAGACUUAUAUAGGAAAACACUUUAAAAAUCUUCUUAUCUAAAACCAGAAGACCUAGGCCUUUGAUAUUUGAUAUGUAGCAUUGCCUUAUGGACCUCUACUAAGAUUGUUCAAAUUGUGCCCCUAGGGUGAAAAGGGGCCCUGCCCCGGGGGUACCAAGUUUUACAUAGACUUGUAUAGGAAAAACUUUAAAAAUCUUUUUGUCUGAAACUGCAAGGCCUAGGCUUUUGAUAUUUGGUACGUAGCAUUGCCUUGUGGUCCUUUACCAAUAUUAUUCAAAUUAUGCCUCUGAGGUGAAAGGAGGCCCCACCCAGGGGGUCCCAAGUUUUAUAUAGACUUAUAUAGGAAAAAAACUUUAAAAAUCUUCUUGCCUGAAACUGCAAGACCAAGGCUUUUGAUAUUUGGUAUGUUGCAUUGCAUAGUGGUCCUCUACUAUAAUUGUUCAAAUAAUGUCCCUUGGGUGAAAAGAGGUCCUGCCCCGGGGGCCCUAAGUUUUACAUAGACUUAUAUUGGAAAAAAUUUCACUUCUUGUCUGAAAGUUCAAGGCUUAAGCCUUUGAUAUUUGGUAUGUAGCAUUGCUUAGUGGUUCUCUUAACAAGAUUGUUCAAAUUAUGCCCCUUGGGCGAAAAGAGACCCUGCCCUGGGGAUCACUUGUAUAUAUAGGAAAUUACUUCAAAAAUUAUCUGAUCAUAUUUCCUAGACUGUUUAAUUAUAAUUACCUGAUACCCCAAGUAAUUAGGGGUCACUCCACUGUGACCUUGACCUACUGACUUACGUUUUUGUUUUUUAAGAGAUAGCCUUGAAAUUUGGAUGACAUAUACAGUUUUGCACACCGAUCUUAACAGCAUAGAAAUUUGGAUCAUGUCAAUAACUUUUGAUAAAGAGUUCAGUACUCAUCUUUAAUGUUCCUAGCUCUGACCUACUAACCCUCUUUCUUGUUUUUGAAGCUACAGCAAAAGGAUUUGGACCACAUUUAUAAUAUCUGAUACAGAUUUUAAUACUCAUCUUGAAUAGUCUUAAUCAUGACCUACUGACCUACUUUUUCGUUUUUUGAAGAAACAGUAUUGAAAUAUGUACCACCUGUAUAAUUUUUUAUACAGAUUUCAAUACUCAUUUUGAAUAGCCUUAAUCGUGACCUUCUGACCUACUUUCUUGUUUUUUGAAGAUUAAACAUGGAAAUUUUGACCACGUGUAGAACUUUUGAUACAUAUUUCAAUACUCAUCUUAAAUAUUAUUAACACAGACCUGCUGAACUACUUUCUUGUUUUUUAAGCUACAGCAAAGAGAUUUGGACCACCUGUAUAAUUUUUUAACAGCUUUCAGUACUUAUCUUGAAGAAUCUUUUUUUUUAAGCUUUAGCAAAGAAAUUUUGUUAAAGCAAGCAAUUAAACUCAGGUGAACGAUAUAGGGCCAUCAUGGCCCUCUUGUUCUUUUUUGUGUGUGUGUGUGUGUGUGUGUGUGUGUGUGUGUGUUCAGGUUUAACGUCUUUUUCAACAGUUUUUCAGUUAUAUAAACGACGGUGUCUACUUGUAGCAGUGAGCACAAUGCCCAACUUUAUAGUGCUGCCUCACUGGAAUAUCACGCCGUAGACACGUGGCAUGAUAUCCCACUCGGUCACAUUAUACUGACACCAGGCUGACCAGUCCUAGCACUAUCCUCUUAAUUCUGAUCGCCAAGCGCGUCUUUGGUAUGACGCGGCCAGAGAUCGAACCCACGACCUCCCGCUCUCGAAGCAGACGCUUUACCACUAAGCUUCCAAGGCGGUUGUCUGAAAAUCUCUCUUGUAAUAUUUUGACCCCAUACUUCCAUCAAUGCUUCGAAUAGUCGAGCGCGCUGUCAACAGACAGCUCUUGUUAUAUAUCUGAUUUAUAUAUGUCUGAUUCUUAUUUAUAUUAGUUCUUCAUUUUUUCUGAGAGAUCCCAUUUAAUUUUUGUCUGUGAUAAGACAUUAACAUUUAUUUGUAAAUAUUUGUAAAUAGAAACAUUGAUUAUU